GUAUCCGCGCGUCCCUCACAGAGGGACAGACAGAGAUUGAAGAAGAGAGAGGAGAAAGAAGAGAGAGAGAGAUUGUCUGUAUUCCUAAAGGGGUGCGAAUGUUGGAAGCUGAGGAAGCAAAACCAAUACUCAUGGCUCGAAAUGGCGGCACCGCUAAACCCCACCCUUCACCUCCCUCUCUUAUCAUCACCACCACCACCACCACCUUCCUUUUCCAUUGAGAGAGAGGAAGCUCUAGAGAGAGAGAGAAAGAGAGAGAGAGGGAGAGGGGACGUUCAGUGUCGUCCAAGUCUUGCUUCCUGAUUUCUUGCGGUGAGGGCUAAAAUCGAAGUAGCUUCAGCUCCAAGUCUUUUCCUUUUCUCUGCUCUCUUCCUUGGUUUUCCUUCUUCUGGGCGGUGCCAUCUUGUUGAUGGGAAAGGGCGCUUUUUGUUGAGACCCAGAGAGAAAGGAAAGGAAAACCAAUCAUGGGUACGAGGAACGGCAACGAAAGUGGGAUGAUGAUGGUGGUUUCUGCUGGGGAGGAGGAGUGCGAUGUCGGGCUGGGUCUGAGGACGCAACAACCCAAGAACGGUGACGGCUAUUCUCGUAAAAAGACGACCCCGGUGAUGAUGUCCAUGUCCUUGCCUCCGCCGCCUCAUCAUCAUCAUCCCCACCACCAUCACCAACAUCACCACCAUCCUUACCACCAGCAAUACACGCUGUCGCCAUCAUCCUCCGGUAGAGGAGGAGUUGCUGGUGGUGCUGGAGAGUAUUAUGGCGGUUUGGGUGGGUCCGUCUUCUCGGGCGCGAGCAACCAUCACUUAGCGUGCGUCGGUGAAGAAGCAGCGGCAGCAGCCACGCUGCUCGCUGCUGGCUCUGCCUCUGCUGAUUCUUCUUCUUCCGCUGCCGCUGCUGCUGCUCCUGUCUUUGACUCCUCAGGAAAAAUGGCAGCAUCUACAAAUGCGAGAGUACCAUUUACAGCAGCACAGUGGCAAGAGAUGGACAUGGAGAGACAGAGCAUGAUGCUCAAGCACAUGCUGACCUCUGUGCCUGUGCCUGCUGGUCCUGAACUCAUCUUGCCCAUCACCAGAUCCCUGCCCACAGUUCUUCCUCCCCAGUCCAACAGGGGUUCUGAUCCAGAGCCGUGGAGGUGCAGAAGAACAGAUGGGAAGAAAUGGAGGUGCUCGCGAGACGUGGCUCCUCACCAGAAGUACUGUGAGCGCCACUCUCACAAGAACCGUCCCCGUUCAAGAAAGCCUGUGGAAUUGCAAGCUGAUUACACAAAAGCCGCCAACGCCACCACCAAGAAAAGCAACGUCACCACCACAAACUCUCAAUCCCUCAGCUCGUGCCAAAAUCCUCAAUUCCUCAACCAGACACCAAUCCCAUCUUCAGUUUUCCCCACCGCGGCGGCCUCAGCUUAUGACCAACCCAGGGGCUUGGAGUGGUUCAUGAAGGCCGAGACCAUCCCCAGCCAAGAAGACUAUCACCAUCACCAACAGCCUAUGCAUGCCGCCUGCAACAGAAUCGACCCAUUUCAUUUGAAGCAGCCACAUAUGCCCCUGAGCUCAUACUCUGAUUAUGGAAGUACCCACGAACUGCAUGAGACCAGGCAUUUCAUCGACGCAUGGUCAGCCCCGCACAGAGACGACAGCUCAAACAGGGCAGCCUCUGUUUCUGCAGGCAAGAAGAUGCCCGUUUCCUCCCUCAGUUUGACGAUGUGCGGGAUUGGAGAAGAAGACAGCAAGAAUACGGACAUGGGCCCGGGUUUAAUGGGUGGAGAGCGCGAGAAGUCAGGGGAUCUGAGGCCGCCGCACUGGAUGAUGAGCCCCGCCGGGUCAUGGAUGGGUUCAACGACGCCGGGCGGGCCGUUGGCUGAGGCUCUUUGUCUGGGGACUGCAAAUGCAAGUUCCGCGAGAAUGGCGGCAGCAUGCGAGGCGACUCCUCAAGGUCGCAUUAGUGUCACCCCUACUAGCAGUAGGAGCUCCAGUAAAGAUGAAGGGCAUGAGCUUAAUCUCAUAAGCUGAAGGAUAGCUCCAUCCUUUCGCCAAUGAAGGUCAGGUAGAACUGGAUGGUUUUUUUGUUUUUUGAGUUGAUGAUACAAUUGAACAGUGAGUGCAACAAAAAAAGGAAUGUUAUUUUCGAUUCGUUUAUAUGGUCUGAUCCAAUUUGUUCGAUAUGUUUUCAUAUGUUUUCAUCUUAGGAUCGAAGUACUUUCUUUCAGGUGCUCUGUAAUUGUUCCUUUGCCUUGCUGAUUUCCAUGUGUCCAUUUUUAUCGUUGUUUGUUCACGGCUGAUGUGUACUUAUUGCGAAAUGAUGACACGAUGCUCUUGCUUCUGCUAAUCAUGAAUCGGUUCCACA